AUGGGUCUCCAUGACACGCAUGCGCCCGACGGUGGCGGCGCUGGGGCGGGUGGUGGGGGUGGGGGCGGACGUUACAAGGAGCUGCUCCUGAUGGCACUCCCCAAGGACAACAACCUCGAUGCGAGGAAGGUCGUAGAGUUCCUCGGCUUCAGGUUGCCCGACGUGGAAGGGAUCGUGAGGGCAUUUUUUAGGAGUCGAGAGGUUAGAGAAUUUGCCAGCGGUGCAUUAGCUGGUGCCACAUCUAAAGCUAUUCUUGCUCCUCUUGAAACUAUCAGGACAAGAAUGGUUGUAGGAGUAGGAUCUAGGCAUAUCGGUGGUAGCUUUCUAGAAAUCAUUGAAGAAAAUGGUUGGCAAGGGCUUUGGGCUGGUAAUUCAAUCAAUAUGAUUCGUAUUAUUCCAACUCAAGCAAUUGAGCUUGGAACAUUUGAGCUUGUCAAAAGGAGAAUGGCAAAAGCACAAGAGAAAUGGAAGGAAGAGGGAUGCCCAAAAAUACAAUUUGGUAAACUAAAAAUUGAGCCGCCGCUUAAUUUAUUAUCUCCAAUUGCUGUUGCUGGUGCAUCUGCUGGAAUAGCUGGUACAUUGAUGUGCCACCCUCUUGAAGUCAUUAAGGAUCGCUUAACUAUAAAUCGAGAAGUCUAUCCUAGUAUUAGUGUUGCCUUCAGCAAGAUAUACCGAACCGAUGGAAUUGGUGGUCUAUAUGCCGGCCUCUGUCCAACACUAAUUGGCAUGCUUCCCUAUAGCACAUGCUACUACUUUAUGUAUGAAACAAUAAAGACUUCUUACUGUCGCUUACAUAAGAAGACAUCAUUAACUCAGCCUGAGCUUCUAAUUAUUGGAGCUUUGACAGGCCUCACCGCGAGUACAAUCAGCUUCCCGCUAGAGGUGGCGAGGAAGCGGCUCAUGGUGGGUGCCCUGCAAGGGAAGUGCCCACCUCACAUGAUCGCUGCACUGUCGGAGGUGGUCCAAGAGGAGGGCAUCCAGGGGCUCUACCGCGGUUGGGGCGCCAGCUGCCUAAAGGUGAUGCCCAAUUCCGGCAUCACUUGGAUGUUCUACGAGGCAUGGAAGGACAUCCUUUUGAGCGACAAGUACAAGCACCAUGCUUAGCCGAAUGAGAGCCAUCAAGCAUAGUGUGUUGCAAGAUUUUAGUACCGGUGGGACCCUUGAUCCUUUCCUAUUGUUCAAGUCCCACACUUGGAUCACCCAAAAUGUCUACAUGGUGGAUGCACUGAUCUUUUUGGCUAAUGACAGAGAGCAUGUGUUGUUUCUUGCUAAUUUGGAAUUCCUGAUGGUGUCAACCGACGGAUUUCCCCCAUGGGAAUGCGUCAUUUUUUUGUUAUUUUCAUAGGAGUCCAAAUCAUGUGAAACUAUUGUAAAAUUCCUAUAUUUUGAAGGCUGAUGCAUUGACACCCUAUGAGUAGGGCUGAAAAUGCUAAGGAAACUUUUCAUAUUACAGACCAGUUUUUGGAAAUGGAAAUCAUCGAUUUUUUCUAAAA